AUGUCGGUUAUAAUAAUACAGAUACCAGUCCUUCUAGUAGGAGAGGAGGUAGCAAUACUCACGCGUGCAUUAGACGGUGCCAUGAAAUCAACAGUAAAAUUAGGUCAAUUACUCAACGUGUGCACCACGAACGUAUUAGCGCGAGUGAUGUUAGGCCGGAGAGUGUUCGGUGAUGGUAGUGGAGGCGGUGAUCCGAAGGCGAAUGAGUUUAAAGAUAUGGUGGUUGAGUUGAUGGUGUUGGCCGGCGAAUUUAAUAUUGGUGAUUUUAUUCCGGUGCUUGACUGGCUAGACCUACAAGGAAUUACAAAGAAGAUGAAGAAGCUGCACGCGCAAUUCGAUUCGUUUCUUAAUGUGAUUCUGGAGGAGCAUAAGUCCGGCAAAGGUGGCGGGUCAGGGCAUGGUGACUUGUUGAGCACGCUGAUUGGACUCAAGGAGGAUGCUGAUGGAGAGGGAGGGAAGCUUUCGGAUGUCGAAAUCAAAGCUUUUCUUCUGGUAUGUUCCUAA